ACGGUUUCAGUUCUGCAUCAGGCAGCCAGUGGACGAGAGAGGGACAAGAUGUGUCACUCGAAGAUAUGAAGACGUGACAUUUAACUUUCUCCGCCAGAAAACUGGGUGAACGUGUUGGAUCACUGCCUCGGGACGUAGGCUACGGUUCGAAAAUAUCGGACUUGGUCUUGAAGAAAUAAUUACCGUGUUGGCUUUAACUCUAACAAGCUAGCAAGCUAACUCCUUGCUCUUUGCUGAGGAUCCGAUACUUUCAUUUGAGGAGGCGGACCUACACCAUACUGCGUGCUCAAUAUGCUAAAAACACCUCCAAUGUUUGCAUACUGUAUGUGGAAGUACAGAUACUAUUUUGUCUUAAUCCAAUCCUAAGGACCGAUAUUGCACUUUAAACCGGCUUGGAUACACAAUUUCUUGACAGCAAGCAAAUACGUUUUUUGUUUUGUAUUUUGUUGUUUUUUUAGGCUGGGAAUUCCAAAUUAUUUUUGCACUUUUCAUUUGGAAGUUGAGUGAGUUUUGCCUGACCGGUUGCCCGACUCGAGCGGUCUUAAAUCCCAUUCUAAAAUCUGAUAUGAACGAACUCGUUUCGCUGAGACUUUUGGAGUGACUAAUACGCCGCAGAAGUAGCCUAUGAACUAUGGAGUUUUAAAGUCUUAAAUUGAUUUUUUUUAACGUUCCGAGCUCAUAAACUUGACUCGUACAGAUAAACAUUUUUUAGGUAUUUAGCUAAGGUGUUUACAUUGAUUAAACUUUUUACUCGUAGCCUAUGUAGGCUAUAUAGAGAUACAACUAUUUUCAUAUUUGUGCAGUGGUAUUUUUGAAAUAAUAUUUUAUUAAUUUAAUAUUUUUUUAACUUAACAUCGGUGCAUUUUAUGUAACAACUAUUGUGUCCGACGUUCCAAUCUUGUGAUUCGACUCAUUCUUUCUAAAUAUCCUGGCCAAACCGCAAUCGAUGAACGCAUUUUGUUACUGCACCGGGCAGAAUCCACGUUUGUAAAAUAUUGCUUUGGUUUACGUAUAUUUUGCUCGCUUCCUCCGACUUGGAAAGGAUUUCCAGGCUUCCCCCAUCAUGACUUACUUCUGCCGGGCUGUGGCUCUUUGGGUGCUACGUGGACUCCUAAUUUGUGCGGUAUUGGGAUUAGAGAGCAGCUAUCAGAUUGAUCUGGGGAGUCCAGCCACUUCAGACAGCACCUUUGCUCAUACAGACCCCUGCCUUGCUGUGAUUCCGCAAUGUGUGGGCGAGGCGGACCGGUUCAGCCUGGAGGCUCUACGACACAUUCACAAACAGCUGGACGAUGACAACGAUGGGGGAAUCGAAGUCAACGAGAGUGUCGAGUUCAUCAUAGAGGACAUGAAGCAGCAACAGACAAACAAGCACAGCAACCUCCACAGAGAGGAUCAGCACAUUACAGUGGAGGAACUAUGGAAAAGCUGGAAGACUUCGGAAGUGCAUAACUGGACGGCGGAGGACACAAUUGAGUGGCUGAAGGAGUCUGUUGAACUACCCCACUAUGAGAAAAACUUCCGGGACUUCGGAGUGAAUGGGAACACACUACCUCGAAUAGCUGCUAACGAACCGUCCUUCAUGUCACUACAAUUGAGAAUCGUGGAUCAGCGGCACAAACAGAAGCUCAAUCUGAAAGCCCUGGAUGCAGUGCUGUUCGGACCGCCUCUGCGCCCGCAUCAUAACUGGAUGAAAGACUUCAUUUUAAUGGUGUCCAUCAUCAUCGGUGUUGGGGGCUGCUGGUUCGCGUACCUGCAGAACAAGGCGUCCAAGGUGCACGUCUCGCGGAUGAUGAAGGACCUGGAGAGUCUUCAGCACGCCGAGCAGAGCCUCAUGGAGCUGCAGGGCCGUCUGGAGAAGGCCCAGGAGGAGAACCGGACAGUGGCGGUGGAGAAGCAGAACCUGGAGCAGAAGAUGAGGGAUGAGAUAAACGGAGCCAAAACGGAGGCGCAUCGGCUUCGGGAGCUGCGGCAGGGGGCAGAGUCUGAGCUGAGCCGUCUGAAAUACGCGGAGGAGGAGCUGGUGCAGGUGCGUGUGGCCUUGAAGAGGGCAGAGAAGGAGAUGCAUGCAGGUUGGUCUGUCCCAGAAGCCCUGCAGAUGUGGUUACAGCUCACACACGAGGUGGAGGUCCAGUACUACAACAUAAAGAAACAGAGCGCCGAGCUGCAGCUCACUGUCGCUAAAGACGAGGCAGAAAAAAUAAAAAAGAAGAGGAGCUCAGUGUUCGGGACCUUGCACGUGGCACACAGUUCAUCCCUGGAUGAGGUGGACCACAAGAUUCUGGAGGCCAAGAAGGCCCUGUCAGAGGUAACGGCUUGCCUGCGUGAGCGUCUCCACAGGUGGCAACAGAUCGAGAAACUCUGCGGCUUCCCCGUGGUCAACAACUCGGGCCUGCCCAACCUGACCGCCACCCUCUACUCCGACCACAGCUGGGUGGUCAUGCCCCGGGUCUCCGUGCCCCCCUACCCCAUCGCCGGAGGGGUGGACGACCUGGACGAGGACACGCCGCCCAUCAUUCCGCAGUUCACCUCUUCGAUGAUGAGACCCCCCCUGUCGCGCAGCAGCAGUCUGUGCCGAUCCCGUCGCAGUCUGCUGGGCUCCCAGCCCCCCGGUUUGCUCUCCCCCGACCCCGACCUCCUCUCCAUGGCCAGCACCCCGCUGUCCCAUCACCCCGAGGAAGAGGAGGACCACAUCUUCUUCAACACAGAGCGGAGGGGGGACAGCCUGGACACGUGUUCGGACACAGAGUCUCUCAGCUCGUCCUCAGGGCGGAGGACUGGGGGCCAGGAGACCCCCUCCCGAAAAAUCUCCAGGGAGGAGGCUCUGGGUCAGGAGCUGCAGGCGCUGGACUCGCGGGUGGCCCUGGAGCUCGCCCACAAGGGCUCGCCUGACCUGACACGGGCCCUGACGGAGUCUCAGAGCAUGAGCUUUAACCCCAUGAGCAAGGUGGUCUACAACGGCAUCCUGGAGAAGUCCUACAGCCUGAGCCAGCUUCCCGCCAGCCCAGCGCCCGGGUCUGAAGCCCGCUACCCUUCCCUGACCGGGCUGGACGAGCACGUCAAGGUAGCGAAGGAAAAGAUGCACUCCGUGUCGUCUCAGGAGCCUUGCGAGAACUGCGACAAACUGAAGAGGUCAUCGUCAUCCAAGAUAAAAAGCUUGUUCAAGAAGAAAAAGUAAAGUGAAGAAUGUUGGGGGGGGUGUUGUUUAGCCUUAAAACGGACUGUCGACAAAAAGCCAAAAUAUAUAUUUUUUUGUGAUCUUUGUGAUCUUUUUUUUCCCCCAUCCUUUCUUUCACUGGAACGUCGCUCUGUCUGGUUCCCCUAGAUCAGAGGCCAUUUUGUUUUCUUCAAUGCCUUUUUUGUUCACUCAUAGUCGCACAGUUGACAGUUCUCAAAGGUCAAGGGUCAGUGCCAGCCGCCACCAAGACAACCAAGCAGUAUAUGACCUGUUUACUGUUUUUUGUUUUCUUUCUUCCUGUCUUUUUUUAGUUAGAACCAAAAGUCACUUUUUGGGAGGAGGGGUGGGGAGAGG